CCUUGGCAAAGAUACCCUCUGUCACCCACAUAUGAUAUUUGAUGGCUUCCCAGAUCCAUUGGCUUGAAUGUGUGCUGGCACUUCCUCAGUCCGCCACGAAAUGUUAAAAAGUAACAGAUGUAACCCUGCAAAACUUGAACCAAUUCAGCAAGUUCACUGUGAACAUGUCUCAGUGGAAUCAAGUCCAACAAUUAGAAAUCAAAUUUUUGGAUCAAGUAGAUCAAUUCUACGAUGACAACUUUCCUAUGGAGAUUCGACAUCUGUUGGCUCAGUGGAUUGAAAAUCAAGACUGGGAGGCGGCUUCCAACAAUGAAACCAUGGCAACAAUUCUUUUUCAAAAUUUGUUAAUACAACUGGAUGAACAAUUAGGUCGCGUUUCCAAAGAGAAAAAUCUGCUCUUGAUACACAAUCUAAAAAGAAUUAGGAAAGUCCUUCAGGGAAAAUUUCAUGGAAACCCAAUGCACGUAGCUGUGGUUAUUUCAAAUUGUUUAAGGGAGGAGAGGAGAAUAUUGGCUGCAGCCAACAUGCCCGUUCAGGGACCUCUGGAGAAGUCCUUACAAAGUUCUUCAGUUUCAGAAAGGCAGAGGAAUGUGGAGCACAAAGUGGCUGCCAUUAAAAAUAGCGUGCAGAUGACAGAACAAGACACCAAGUAUUUAGAAGACCUGCAAGAUGAAUUUGACUACAGGUAUAAAACAAUUCAGACAAUGGAUCAGGGGGACAAGAACAACGCCCUAAUGAAUCAGGAAGUUUUGACUCUGCAAGAAAUGCUUAACAGUCUUGACUUCAAGAGAAAGGAAGCCCUCAGUAAGAUGACACAAAUCGUAAAUGAAACAGACUUGUUAAUGAACAGCAUGCUGAUGGAGGAGCUGCAGGACUGGAAGAGGAGGCAGCAGAUUGCCUGCAUCGGGGGGCCGCUCCACAAUGGUCUCGACCAGCUGCAAAACUGCUUUACACUAUUGGCAGAAAGUCUGUUCCAGCUCAGAAGGCAAUUGGAGAAAUUAGAGGAACAGUCUACUAAAAUGACAUAUGAAGGGGACCCCAUCCCCAUGCAAAGAGCACAUCUGCUAGAAAGAGUCACCUUCUUGAUCUACAACCUUUUUAAGAACUCAUUUGUGGUUGAACGACAGCCAUGCAUGCCAACCCACCCCCAGAGACCGAUGGUACUUAAAACUCUUAUCCAGUUCACUGUAAAGCUAAGACUACUAAUAAAAUUGCCAGAACUAAACUAUCAGGUAAAGGUGAAAGCAUCAAUUGACAAGAAUGUUUCAACUCUAAGCAAUCGAAGAUUUGUCCUUUGUGGAACUCACGUCAAAGCCAUGUCCAUUGAAGAAUCUUCUAAUGGAAGUCUCUCGGUAGAAUUUCGACAUUUGCAACCAAAGGAAAUGAAGUCCAGCGCUGGAGGCAAAGGAAAUGAGGGCUGUCACAUGGUGACUGAAGAGCUUCAUUCUAUAACCUUUGAAACACAGAUCUGCCUCUAUGGCCUGACCAUAGAUUUGGAGACCAGCUCAUUACCUGUGGUGAUGAUUUCCAAUGUCAGUCAGUUACCUAAUGCUUGGGCAUCCAUCAUUUGGUACAAUGUGUCAACCAAUGAUUCCCAGAACCUGGUUUUCUUUAAUAAUCCUCCAUCUGCCACUUUGAGUCAACUCCUGGAAGUGAUGAGCUGGCAGUUUUCAUCCUAUGUUGGCCGUGGCCUUAACUCAGAUCAACUCAAUAUGUUAGCAGAGAAACUUACAGUCCAAUCUAGCUACAAUGAUGGUCAUCUCACCUGGGCCAAGUUCUGCAAGGAACACUUACCUGGUAAAGCAUUUACCUUUUGGACAUGGCUUGAAGCAAUAUUAGAUCUAAUUAAGAAGCACAUUCUUCCUCUUUGGAUAGAUGGGUAUGUCAUGGGCUUUGUUAGCAAAGAGAAGGAGCGCCUCUUGCUAAAGGAUAAAAUGCCUGGAACCUUUUUGUUAAGAUUCAGUGAAAGCCACCUUGGAGGAAUAACUUUCACCUGGGUAGACCAUUCUGAAAAUGGAGAAGUGAGAUUCCACUCUGUAGAACCCUACAAUAAGGGCCGGUUGUCUGCUCUGCCGUUCGCCGACAUCCUUCGAGACUACAAGGUUAUUAUGGCUGAAAACAUUCCUGAAAACCCUCUGAAGUACCUUUAUCCUGACAUUCCCAAAGACAAAGCCUUCGGCAAACACUACAGCUCCCAGCCAUGUGAAGUUUCAAGACCAACAGAAAGGGGGGACAAAGGUUAUGUUCCAUCUGUUUUUAUACCCAUCUCAACAAUCCGAAGUGAUUCAACUGAGCCACAUUCUCCAUCAGAUCUUCUUCCCAUGUCUCCAAGCGUAUACGCAGUGCUGAGAGAAAACCUGAGUCCCACAACAAUUGAAACUGCAGUAUGUUCCCUUUCUUUUCCAUUGCUGGUCAAGGGCACUCCUCAUGAAGCGAAUGUGGUACCUGUUAAUCAAAGGGGCUGAAGUUCUGCCUGAGAAAUGAAGUCUCCGUAUUCUACUGAAUGACAGAAUAAACUCUUGACACUCAAAAGGAAGCAAAUGAAAAGCUUAAGGACUGAUCUUUGCCAACAAUCAUAUCUUAUUUCUUCAGCUUUGUAUAUACCAGGUUCCAGGAAAUGGUUGAAGUCUGAAGCUCUCCUCUCACUGGCAUGACACCACCAAUUGGGAAUGUCCUCACUGAAAUGCUAAAAACCAAAGCUUCAGAUAAACUUGCAAGAUAAGACACUUUAAGAAACCAGUGUCAAUAUAACAUUAACAGGAGA